AGAAUUACGACCUAAAGCAUGAAAAAAUGGAAGUACAAGUUGAGCAGCUGCCAAUAGCAGUAGAGGAUCAUGAGAUCCUAGGGGAUCAAAAAAUGCUUCCAAGUGACAAACCGGAUCUUCAGAUGAAACAUCAAAGUGAAAUUCAGAAACAAAAGGAUCAACAGCAGGAUGUGGGGAGCCAGUUGCCACCUAGGCAUCUCAAUGAUGCCGCCUCCCAAUCGACUCAACUGCGUCCAAGUCGCGUGACGCCACCGAUGCCGUCGGAGGAAACGAUGCGCCACUCCAUAGCCGACAACCUGAUGGAGAUCCUGGUAAAUAUGACUAAUCCGCAGCAUCGACAGCGCUGCUUUUCCCUCUUGCAGGUGGGCGAUGCUCUGCAGGCACGCAGUCGCAUCCUGGCCGUCCUGCAGCAAAUCGACGAGAGGCGCACCACUCGCAGAUGAAUCCUUGAUACAGAGGGUCUAUAUCUACAUCAAAGUUAUUCUUCAACAAAGUGUGGUAUAUCGUAAUAUGCCUUUGAUUUAAAUCACAAUGCACUGCAUUGUCGUUACGAGUUAAGCAUUUAAUAAUAAAAACGUUGCGUGGCUAACAUAUUUAGGAAGGGAUUUGAUCUUUGGGUGCUCUAUUGGAUCAUCACUUGGCCUUGUCGUCCUGCUGUUUGGCCUCCUCCGCUUUCAGCAGCUCCGAAACGAUGCCCACCU